AUGGCUGAAUAUAACAAAUCCAACAUCCGAUCUCACUCCAAGCCUUACCGGGCACCACUCCUAGACUUCAGAUCGCUCUAUCCCUUCUCCGACGAUUUCGACCCGGGUGCGCUCUGGGGAUUGCGAAGACUGAUCAGGAAGGGGGCCAUCGAGCUCGUCAAGCUAUACUUCUUCAUCAUCUUCUUGACCAUAGUCGAUCUCUUCUUCGUCUUCUUCAAUCUCAUCAGUCCCAACAGGACUCCAGAGAAUGUGAUCCCAUUGCCCUUCAGUCCUCACUCUCCACCCCGUUUCUUCGACCAUCCCUUCAUCUUCCUCACCUGUAAACUCGCUCUUUGGUUGGGCCCUCAAGCCCCACAAUGGAUCCAGGAAUGGUCAUACUGGGAUGGAAUACUCUCCGACGGAGAAUGGCCCCCGAUCGAUAGGGACAUCGAUGUCCAAACUGUCUCUCGUAGUCCCUGUCCUGGGCUCAACGCCUUAGCCAACCAUGGAAUCAUCAAUAAAUCAGGAGAAACCCUCAACUUUCAUCGAAUUGCUUCUCGGGUUAGUAGGACUUACAAUCUCAGCCCAGCCUUGGCUGUCCAACUACUCUCAGCCGCCUGGCCCCUAUUCAAGGACCGAGGGCAGAUCGAUCUUUACUCCCUAACGACUCAUGGUUUGAUCGAACAUGAUGCCAGUCUACUUCGUCCUGAUCUCAAUGAAAGCACGCUGGAAGACCAAACCAAACCAAACCAAGAACUAAUCGAGAAACACUUCCCCAAACGCCGAGUUCGCAAGACACGAUCAAGAAUCCAAAAAGGAGACGAAAGUGAUGAAGAAGAGGAAAUCGAAGAAGAGACGGAUGAGAUCAGACUGAGGCAUUCCGACUUCUCCAAUCUCCUCGAGAAGAGGCGCGAGGAAUGCAAGACGAACAAUCCGAGCUUCCACGAGACCUUCUUGUUCAAGUUCUUCGGCAGCGGGAAUUGCGCCAUGUUCAUGGAAGUCUUCGGCGGCAAGUUGUCGGACAUCCGUCCGUUUGUCGGCGCCGGCAUCUCAUCCAACCCUCCAUCCCACCACCACCACCAUCACCAUCAUCAUCGUCGUCGUCACCGUCUUCAUGACGAGGAGCAACCUCGACUUCCAGCAGGGUUGUCCGAUUUGAUCAAUCUCGAAGUCUUGCCUCAUGGCCGUUGGAGACCCUCGAAUCUCCACCAUCCUUGGGGCUUGACAAUCUUCAAACUCAUCUACUCCACUCUGAAAAUCGAAGCCAGAACUUGAGACCCUCACACUCAACACACACACACACACACACAAGCAAUAACGAAAAGAUGAGAAGCAACUUAUUAUGAAAUUAUCACUAAGAUUACAAGCUAGACUUUUCUU